CGCCUGCUUCCAUGUUGGUGGCCGCAGCCGCUGCCGCCGUCGCCGCCGCCGCCGCCACGUCCAGCCAGUGAUCCGGGCCCGCCGCGAACGCCGCCCCUCCCGCCUCCGGUUCCCUUGAGGCCGACAUGUCCGUGGUACCGCCCAACCGCUCCCAGACGGGCUGGCCCCGGGGGGUCAACCAGUUCGGGAACAAGUACAUCCAGCAGACCAAGCCGCUCACCCUGGAGCGCACCAUCAACCUGUACCCUCUGACCAACUACACCUUUGGCACCAAGGAGCCGCUUUAUGAGAAGGACAGCUCAGUGGCCGCUCGAUUUCAGCGCAUGCGCGAGGAGUUCGAUAAGAUUGGAAUGAGGCGUACAGUAGAAGGAGUGCUGAUCGUUCACGAGCACAGGCUGCCCCACGUGUUGCUAUUGCAGCUUGGAACCACCUUCUUCAAGCUGCCUGGAGGGGAACUCAAUCCAGGGGAAGAUGAAGUGGAAGGACUCAAACGCCUGAUGACGGAGAUACUGGGACGUCAGGAUGGAGUCCAGCAAGAUUGGGUCAUUGAUGAUUGCAUUGGUAAUUGGUGGAGACCCAACUUUGAACCUCCGCAAUAUCCUUAUAUUCCAGCACAUAUCACAAAGCCUAAAGAACAUAAAAAACUCUUUUUGGUUCAGCUGCAAGAAAAGGCUUUGUUUGCGGUCCCCAAAAACUACAAACUGGUAGCGGCGCCAUUGUUUGAAUUGUACGAUAACGCGCCGGGGUAUGGACCCAUCAUCUCCAGCCUUCCUCAGCUUUUGAGCAGGUUCAAUUUUAUUUACAACUGAAUUCCUGAGCAGUGGAAGAGUGGUUAAAGAAGCCGUCUCUGUGAGCACAGCUAUAAAACGUAGAAGAAUGAACAUAAAGCAAUGGUUUUUUUUUUUUUUUCUUCUUUCUUCCCAGUCUGACUUUCUAUUAUUUGAAUAGUAAACUAAAUCUGAAGAAUUGUCCUAAAUAGUGAUGUAAACAAACGUGAUAGUGUUUUAUUCACUCUGGUUCUCCCCUCACUUUUUUUUUGUAAAACAUUAAACAAAAUGGAUCUA